UCGACUCAUCUCCCACCUUCGAUUCACAUGCUUCUCUCUCUCCCUCCCCUCUCUCUCUCUCUCUCUAAAUAUAUAUAUCUUUCGUUUGGGGCCUGGGAAACCCUUGCUUUUCUUUCUCUGUUGUGUUUUUUCUUUUCAAAAAUGGAGUUUCUUUCUUUCUGCUAAUCGUCAUUUUGGUUCUUUUUUCUUUGCGGUACUGUUUGGUUUCCGAGAAUUUGAAGGGGGGAAAGAAAUUAGAAAAGGAAAAUAAGAUGCACUUUGCUUUCUCCAACUAACUCAUUUCUGGAUCCAGAUUCGCUCAAAUUACGAGGCAGCACAGUGCAAGGACUUCUUUGAUUUACUGUAUUGGGAUUUUUAUUUCUCUGAUAAUUCAGUUGGUGAUCUCAUAAGAAUAUAAGAUCUUAGGAAUAAGGGGAAAACCCUUUUUAUUGUGCAUAAUUAAUGCAAUUCUAAUUGAUUUAGGAUAUAAAGGAAGCAUAUUGUAAAUUUAGGGUCUUCCCGUAAACCAAGUAGAAUAAAAAGGACUGGUUUUGGGUCAAAGUGUAACUGAAAGAAGGCAUUUACGAAUGAAUGUUAAAACGGUGGACAUAGAAGAAGAGAGGGACAAAGAAAUGCUUCAGAUGACUCAUCCCGGUACUUGGAUCUUUAUACUCAAAAGUCAAAGUUGUAAAUGGCAAAAGGUAGCAGGGGACGUCAAAGGAUCAGUUCACGACAAUACAGAUCAGCUCCCUACCAUUUGCGCUUUGAUCAGGAUAUCAUGGAGGAAUUUCCCCCUAAGAAUUGUUCCAAAAUUAUAGAGAAAAAAGAUUGGGAAGAUGUAACAUGUUCUGUAUGCAUGGAGUAUCCUCACAAUGCUGUCCUUCUCCUCUGUUCUUCUCACGACAAGGGUUGCCGACCUUACAUGUGUGGGACUAGCUGCCGAUAUUCUAACUGUCUUGAUCAAUACAAGAAAGCUUACACUAAAGUUAUAUCGUCUAAUAAUGGGCAAAGUGUGCAUGGCUCUGUUGAUAAUCCGAUUGUAAUACAAGAUUCUAGCUCGGGUAUUGAGAACAGUGAAGUCACAGAGCUUGCUUGUCCCCUUUGCAGGGGUCAAGUGAAGGGAUGGACUGUCGUUGAACCUGCACGAGAUUACUUUAAUGCCAAACAGAGAAGCUGUAUGCAGGAUGAUUGCUCAUUCCUUGGUAACUACAAGGAGCUGAGAAGGCAUGUCAGAGCAGAACACCCUUCUGCACGACCGCGUGAAGUGGAUCCUGUUCUGGAGCAGAAAUGGAGAAGACUUGAGCGGGAGCGGGAGCGGAAUGAUGUGAUGAGCACCAUAACAUCAACCAUGCCAGGGGCAAUGUUUUUUGGGGACUAUGUAAUUGAAGGAAACAAUUAUGGAUUUGAUUCAGAUGAAGAGGGUGGUUUAGAUGCAGGUGCUGCAGAAAGGAACGAGGGUUAUGAGAUGGGUUUCGACAGUAAUCUUGUGAAUGUCUUUCUUUUACUGCAUGCAUUUGGGCCGUCAGGUGGGGAUGAAUUCAAUAGAAGAAUGCCUCAGCCUCGACUGCCCUACCAUGAGACAGUAAAUGGCAAUGCUGUUGGCAUUCGGCAUUCAACUCCUGUAGGUGGUGCGGAAUCCUCUGAUCAAGAUGAUGAUAAUGUGGACAGUAAUGAUGAAGGUGGUGGUGGUGGUGGUGGUGGUGGUGGUGAUAUGUCGUUGGCCAGCCGCCUCCAACGACAAGGAAGGGUAAUAUUGGGACGUUCCGGUAGGAGACGUAGACGAAGAGACGUAAAUGGUGGGUUAAGAUGAUUACCAAAAAAAAAAAUUGGUAAACGGAGGGGCAAAAUGGGAAAACUUUCGUAGGUACAUAAAUUUUAGGAGACACAUAAAAGAAGAAUAAACUAAAAAGGAUUUAAUUUCUCACAUCACGAGGGGUUGAUUCUCAUUUGAAUUGCUGGGGAGAAAGAGAAACUGGGAUAUGGCUGAUUAACUUUCCCUCUGUUUAUGUAUGAUACAUUUUUUUACUGUAUUUUUUUCUUGUUGACCUUGCAUCCUCCUCUGUUAAAAUGAUUUAGCAGAUCUGUGUAUUAAAUUUACCUCUGUAAUCGUACAUUUCAUUUACUUCCACCUCACAGUGAAUGUGAGAUUCACUGGAUAAUCAUCCAUGUGCAAUUGUGUUAUUCUUAAUUCCUUUUCCUGUAUAAUGCAGGGAAUUCUAUGUAUCAUUCAUGCCUUGUUUGAAUGAAAGGUUCAUAGAUAUGCUUUAACAAUUUGUAAUUGAGGGAAUUCUAUGAAUUCAUGCCUUGUUUGAAUGAAAGAUUCAUAGAUAUGCUUUAACAA